AUGCACAGAAUUGGUGGAGAAGAAGUUCUAAAGCAUCGAUUGUGGUUGAAAACAACAAUUAUGGUUGUCAAACAGUUGGCUUUACAAGGAAGUUCUUUUAGAGGGCAUGAUGAAUCUGAUGAUUCUUUGAAUCCGGAGAAUGUUCUAGCUUGGAUUGGUUUUGCAGCGAAGUUGAAUGAUCAAAUCAAUAGUGUAGUUCUCCGUAACGCACCAGGAAAUGCGAAAUACACUUCACCAAGCAUUCAGAAGGAGAUAUUGGGAAUCAUAACAAAUAGAGUGCGUUGUAAGAUACACGAGGAGAUUGGAGAUUCUUGUUUCUCUAUUCUUGUUGAUGAAGCAGGAAGGGAACAGAUGUCUAUUAUUUUGAGGUAUGUCAGUUCUUCUGGUAUAGUAACUGAACGCUUUUUCGCUCUCAAUAGUGGAGCUGAUACUUCUGCAGAAACACUAAAACAAGCUAUUUGUGACGUUCUCUCUCAGUAUGACCUUCAAAUUGAAAAAUUGAGAGGUCAAGGAUAUGAUGGUGCUAGUAAUAUGUCAGGACAGUUUAAUGGAAUCAAGGCAUUAUUUCUUAGAGAAUGCCCAUAUGCCUAUUUUGUCCACUGUUUUGCUCACAGAUUACAGUUGGCAUUGAUUACUUCUGCAAAGGUAUGUGAUCCUAUAUGGGAUUUCUUUUCCAUAUUGGAUUGUAUCAUAAACGUUGUGAAGGCUUCUCCUAAACGGACCAGGGAGUUGCAAGCAAUUCACAAAAAAGAUCUUGAUGGUAUGUUGGAUGUUGGAGAAAUUCAAUCUGGACAAGGAGCUAAUCAAAUUACAUCCUUAAAGUGUUCGGGGCCAACUCGUUGGGGAUCUCAAUAUCAUUCCAUAUUGAGCAUUAUAAACAUGUUCAAUGCAACAUGUGUAGUGCUAGAGGAUCUUUGUCGUUCUAAAGAAGGAGAACAACGAGCUCAAGCCAAAGGUGCUUCAAAAAAUAUCAAGACUUUUGAGUUUGUGUUCAAUCUUCACUUGAUGAAAGAGAUUAUGGAUAUCACGGAUUUUCUUUGUCAAGCAUUUCAACAAGAAUCUGUUGACAUUGUAGCUGCAGUUGGAUUUGUUUCCAUGGCAAAAGUUAAACUUCAAAAGCUACGGGAUGAAUGA